AUGAUUUUUCCUGAAUAUCUUCUGAGACAAGGACAGGAAAAGUUGGCCUUUUCAGCAUUUCCAGAUCCUUCUGCCUGUGGACAAGAGGAAGAAGAGGAGGAAACGGCAGCUUCUCAGGGACUGUUGACAUUCCAGGAUGUAGUCAUAGAAUUUUCUCAGGAUGAGUGGGAAUUUCUGGACAGCACCCAAUGGGAAUUGUACAGGGAUGUGAUGUUAGAGAACUAUAAAAACCUGGUCUCCUUGGGUCUUGUCUCUAAGCCAGGUCACCUGGUCACCUUUAUGGAGCAAAAGAAGGGUCCCUGGGAUGUGAAGGGAACGGAGACAAUAGCCAUACACCCAGGAACUGGGGCCCCCCCACCCAGGUGGAGGAUGGUGACUUCAGGCUGA